AUGGCCUGGACCCCACUCCUCCUCUUCAGCCUCCUCCUUUACUGCACAGAGUCCCUCUGCCAGCUUAUGCUGACUCAGCCGCCCUCUACAUCUGCCUCCUUGGGAGCCUCGGUCAAGCUCACCUGCACCCUGGACAGUGGGCACAGCAACUAUGGCAUUGGAUGGCAGCAGCAGCAGCCAGGGAAGGCCCCUCGGUAUAUCAUGAGGCUUAGCAAUGAUGGAGCCAGCAGCAAGGGGGACGGGAUCCCUGACCGCUUCUCAGGCUCCAGCUCCGGGGCUGACCGCUACUUAACCAUCUCCAACCUUCAGUCUGAGGACAAGGCUGAUUAUUACUGUCAGACUUCAGAUUGGGGGAUGGACUGGACCCCGGGCUCCGUCCCACCCCGCAUCCCAGGCCCUUCAUUCCCCACAGGUGACCAGGAGCUGGACGAUGGGAGGAAUAACUGUCUACUAGACAGACAGGGGUGCCUCUCCCAACCUGUGUUGACUCAGCUGCCCUCUGCAUCUGCCUCCCUGGGAACCUCAGUCAAGCUCACCUGCACCCUGAGCAGUGUGCACAGAGGCUACAGCAUUCAUUGGUAUCAGCAGCAGCCAGGGAAGACCCCUCAGUACCUGAUGUGGAUUGGCAGUACUGGAAGCUUCACCAAUGGGGACGGGAUCCCUGAUCGCUUCUCAGGCUCUGGCUUGUGGGCUGACGGCUAG